AAAAAGAAAGAAGUCGAUGAGAUCAAAGUUAAGGAGGCGGUGGGUGGUAUGAUGACGAAGACGAAAACGAAGAUGAUAAUCAACCCUCUUCUUCUUCUUCUUGUUCUGUGUUUCUCUAUGUUUUCUCUCUCUUCAAUUCUCAUUACUUAAUAAAUUUAAUUUUCUUCAUCGCUUUCUUUACAAUCUCUCUGUGCUUUUCUCAAUCUCUCUCCCUCUCUCUCUACAUAUCACUGCGGUCGUCGCCAGGACCGCUUUUCCCGAUCCUCUCUUAAAAUUCUAUCACCAUCCUCUCUUUCUCUUUCUCAAUUCUACUUGAUUGUUAUACCUAGCCCAAACUCCUUACUAAUUUUAUUCUAUCAAUUGCCUCUCCCGACUCUGUUUAAAUGGAGCCUCGGGUCGGUAAUAAGUUCAGACUUGGUCGCAAAAUCGGUAGUGGCUCUUUUGGAGAGAUCUAUCUCGGUACUAAUAUUCAGACAAAUGAAGAAGUAGCUAUUAAGCUCGAAAAUAUCAAGACAAAGCAUCCUCAAUUACUAUACGAAUCUAAGCUGUACAAAAUACUACAAGGAGGAACCGGAAUUCCGAAUGUAAGAUGGUUUGGGGUGGAAGGAGACUAUAAUGUACUUGUGAUGGAUUUGUUGGGACCUAGUCUUGAGGACUUGUUCAACUUUUGUAGCAGGAAGCUGUCUUUGAAGACUGUUCUCAUGCUAGCAGAUCAGAUGGUUAAUCGGGUUGAAUUUGUUCAUACAAAAUCAUUCCUUCAUCGGGAUAUUAAGCCAGACAACUUUCUUAUGGGACUGGGAAGACGAGCAAAUCAGGUGUAUGCUAUUGAUUUCGGACUGGCAAAAAAGUAUAGGGACUCCACAACUCAUCAGCAUAUCCCAUAUAGAGAAAAUAAAAAUUUGACAGGAACAGCAAGAUAUGCCAGCAUGAAUACACACCUAGGCAUUGAGCAGAGCAGGAGGGAUGAUUUAGAAUCACUUGGAUACGUUCUUAUGUAUUUUCUGAGAGGAAGCCUUCCUUGGCAAGGACUAAAAGCAGGAAACAAGAAACAGAAGUAUGAAAAGAUCAGUGAAAAAAAGGUGUCAACUUCCAUUGAGGCUUUAUGCAGGGGAUACCCCACAGAAUUUGCAUCAUACUUCCAUUACUGCCGUUCACUACGUUUUGAUGAUAAACCAGAUUAUGCUUAUCUAAAAAGAUUAUUCCGUGACCUUUUUAUCCGCGAAGGUUUUCAGUUUGAUUAUGUGUUUGACUGGACAAUUUUGAAAUACCAGCAAUCACAACUUGCAAAUCCUCCAUCUCGCGCUCUUGGAGCUAAUGCUGGAACAAGCUCUGCGAUGCCGGCAGCUGCUGCCAAUGUUAGUAGACAAUCAGGCGGUGAUGACGGUAGGCUCACUGGUUGGUCCUCAGCAAAUGCCUCCCGUGGUAGAAGUUCUGGAAUGCCUUUCAUUUCUGGAAGUUUAUCCAAACAAAAAAGUCCUAUUGCUGAUGAAAUACCCGGUUCUAAUAUUAUGCGGUCAAGUGGAUCAUCAAGGCGACCUGCUGUCUCUAGCAGUCGUGAACCUGGGAUUGCUGGUGCUGAUUUUGAUUCCUCACGAGCCCGCACAACUGAUGCAAGCCCCGGAACAGUUGGCAAGAUUUCUAACACGGCACAACGAAAUUCACCUGUUUUAUCAUCAGACCAGAAGCACAGUACUUCCAGUAGGAACCCCAACAUGAAGAACCUUGAAUCCACCCUCAAAGGUAUCGAGGGAUUGCAUAUCAAAGAUGAGAGGUUGCACUAUUAGAUACUGUUGACCUGCGAACUCUGAUGCUGUUUGUAAAUUUUGAAAGAUAUGCUGUUUCUGCGUACUAAAACUGUAGAAUUAUUUCUGGUCUGCAUAGUAUGAAUUCGGUAUGAUGAGCAACAAGAGUGGCUACCUGCUUGCAGUUUCGUAUGAGGAUUAUCCCUAUUACAAUUCUUCAGUUCAGACGGGAUCCAUCUAAAUAAGUCUUGUUGAUAUCUGGUGAGCAUUAUUAGUGCCUUUUUGAUUCCUUCUGUGCUCUCCCUCUCCACCAAGCUUUUCCUCCCACUGUGUCGCAAAUACUAGGGGUGGCUUUGUCCCUUAAUGUCGGCACUGUAGCCAAUCAUAAUGAUUUUUCUUUGGUUUAAUUUACAAAAUAUUCUUGUUUUGGUCAUCGAGCAGUUCGUCAUUUUCGCUUGGGUCAUCUGUUGAGAAAUGUUGUACGCCCCCCUCCCAACCCCCCCAAAAAAAGGAAUUCAUGAAAUUUUUAUACCAUUGUUGCAGAUGUAUCAUUGCAUUUACUUUUACUAGCGAGGUCCAGAUGUUUUGUAAUAUUAAUUUCAGUUUACUGGUAAUGUUGUCGGCUAGUUUUUUCUAGUUCUAGUUGUGCAGACUCGUGUAUGCUUGAUAACACUUGACGGCAGCUUAGUAGGUUCGUCUUCUAUAUCCAGCAGUCUGGAAUAGCAGUUAAUUGUUAACAUAUUGUAUGUACUAGUUUACAGAAUAUUAGCAAGAAAUUUGAAUUACUUGGUUGUCUUCUCUCUGCAA